AUGACCAGCGCAGCAAGGCCAACCUUUGAGCCUGCAAGAGGUGGGAGAGGGAAAAGAGAAGGGGAUUUGAGCCAGCUCUCAAAGCAAUAUUCAAGCAGAGACCUACCUUCUCAUACAACGAUAAAAUACAGACAAACUACUCAGGACACCCCUGAAGAGGUUCGGAACCGUGACUUCCGCAGGGAGUUGAAAGAGCGCGAGACAGCCGCUGCAUCAAGGGAAAACAAUGCUCUUUCAACUCGGGGAAGUAGAACUUCAGUGUCCAAGAAGCCUCGGCUAGAGCAGAUUCCCAUUGCCAUGCUCGACGCAGACGAUCCUCUGAUGGCGGAGGAAGAUGAAGACUGGGAAGAGGAGAGUGAUGGUGAUGAUACCGCAGCUCUUCUGGCAGAACUAGAAAAAAUUAAAAAAGAAAGAGCUCAAGAGCAGGCCAGGAAGAUACAAGAACAAAAAGCGGAAGAAGAAAUUAUUCGUUUGAAAAACAUCCUCGGCGGGAACCCUCUUCUCAACCUGGGUGGCCCAGCCCAGCCUCAGACCAACUUUAAGGUCAAGAGAAGGUGGGAUGAUGAUGUUGUUUUCAAGAACUGCCUGGUUCCAGACUGCCCCCAUUCCCUCACUAGGCCUUCAGUCCUGCCCUUUGGACACUGUUGGAAUAUGCGUAACAGAGGAGUCUCCAUCGAAAAGCAAGGCUCCAUGAACCUGUCCCUCCCAAUAAAGAAUGGAGCUACAGGGCGCUACAUCCUUAAGACAAAGUUAAAUAGAAAAGCGGGGUUCCUGGGCAUUUACCUUGGAAACGUCACCUCGCCUCCAUCGUCCGGGCUGCUGCCUCUGACCACAGACAUCUGCCUGCUCCAGCUUCCCCGCCCCGGUGGCCGCCAGCUCACCAGGUAUCCUGGACAUGAUGUUCUGAAGGCCGUGAGAAGGGGAUGUGGACCUGUCAUUGAGUACUCGCUGCUGCAGCUCACAGAAAUCCGCUCCUGUCGGCAGGAUCCCCCACCCCAGGACAAAAGUCCUGCUCCACGUGUCUGCUGUGGGGCGGGCCUAACACUGCGGUCGGGAGAGUCCAAGGAAAUCUACCUCAAAGACAAAUUGGAAAAGGAGCCAAAAGCUACCAAGACCACCAACCCAGCUGAUGUGGAAGAUGUCUGGAGGACUCUCCUGCUGACGCCAGACCUGGACAUACAUUCCCACCACUUCUGGAAGUUGUGCUCAUCCCUGACAAAGAGCGCCCACUGGUCCAGAAGCGGGUGA